AUGUCGACGCCUGGCACGAUCGACGCGAAGAAUAGCCAGUCGCCUUCGCCGUCUUCGGCGCAGUCGACCUCCCAGUCCAAUGCCAAUUCGAGGCGGCCGCCUCGGAAGAGCACCCUGACGCAGCAGCAGAAGAACCAGAAGCGACAGCGCGCGACUCAGGAUCAGCUCACGACGUUGGAGAUGGAAUUUAAUAAGAAUCCUACCCCGACCGCAAAUGUUCGGGAGAGGAUAGCAGAAGAAAUCAACAUGACCGAAAGGUCUGUUCAGAUCUGGUUCCAGAACCGACGCGCCAAGAUCAAGCUUUUGGCGAAGAAGAGCCUGGAGACAGGCGAAGAUAUCGAUUCCAUCCCCGAGUCGAUGCGAGCCUACCUAGCCAUGCAAGCCAUGGAGUCCGGAAAGGGUCUCGGCGGUCCUUACAUGGGACGUACCGGCCUUCUCCCGUACGGAUCGAUGAUGCUCGGCGGCGAGCAAGGUGGACAAGGGAAAGUCCUCAUUCAUCAUCUCACGUGUCGGUCUCUGAGCAUUGGAAAAUGGACCCGCGUCGGCCAGAACACGAUGGAUUUGAUCAUCUUCUAUUCCCCCGAAAAGUGUACCAUGACUUACUACAUUAAUAAUGACCAGGCGGGAUACAAGAUCGAGUACAGCUUUAACGCGAUCAAGAACAUUUACCUCGAGAAUCCCGAAGGCGAUGCUACCAAGAUGGGUGGAAUCGUCAUCGAGCUAAACCGACCCCCUAAUUUUUGGAUGGACUCGUCCCCCAACUCCAACGGCUUCUUCCAGUGCAACGACUUUACGGAGGAUCUCCAGGCUACCCAUUGCCUCACUCACCAUCUCGGUGGUAACCCCAAGGUCCUUAGCGGUCAGCUAGCAAAACUCGCCUCUCUCGAGUCGUUCACAAACCGACACAAUCCCGGCCCUUACGACAUGAAUCAUGCGAUGUCUGUCUCUGCCCCUGUGUCUCCUACGAACCGCCCGUCCUCGCAGCCCAACUUCGGCCCGCCGCACGUCGGCAUGUACCAAGAGUCGCAAUGGGGAAUCAACCCGAUGCACGCCGGUAUGCGCGGUCCGGGACACAAGCGGCAGCGGAGCAGAUCGGUGCCCACAGCUGUUGACUUUUCCAUGUUUCAGAAUCCGAUGCCUUCGUUCUACAUUCAGCACCCGGGCGAGAAUCAGCCUCAACCGCACAGCCCUAACAUCUAUGCACCUAUCCCCCAGCAACCUAAUGGUCUUAAUAAUGUUAACCCUAAUCUGCGCAUCGAUACUCAGGCUACGUACGGUAUGGAUCUGAGACAAUACCCUCUGUCUGCCGCUACUACCGCCCCUUCGGAAUACUCGAGCCCCAACUACUUCUCGCAGGGUCCAGAGCACACGCCGUUACCCGCUUCAAGUUUCAAUACCCCUUACAGCGGCGCAUUCCUCUCGCCGCUACCUCAGAUCCCUCAGUCCGUCUCGCCGUUAUCCUAUACUAGCCAUGGCGACCCCGCCAUUGUUGAACAAUCACCUCCCCUCUCCAUGCUCCCACGACCGUCUUCCGCUGACCUAUACGGUAUGGAGUCCGCUAUUUCGGAAGAUGGACAUAGCCUGAAUGAGAUGUAUUCGAAGCACACCAUAAACAUUCCCAUGCACCCUCACUCUCCUGGCUUCGUGGAGCACGGCCAAGGUGAUCUGGAUAUGAGCCAGCUCGUUCAGUUCGACACUGUCGACCCGUCCAGCUUGUCUCCCGAGAGCCUUUCGCACCCGCAAUGA